CACCUUUUAAUCUUUAAUUCGAACGCCUCCUCGAGACAAUCGGCAUACCUGAAAUAUACCUACGUCGUAAAGAAGAUGCCAAGUACUAGUUCUCAAAAAAGAACUCAGUUUUCUAGUUGCGAUGCUUGCCGUCGCUCACGAGUUGCUUGCGACGCCUCAAAACGGGGUUAUCAACCAGGUAAAGUGAAUUGGGCGGGUUCAUGUUCGAGGUGCGCUCUUAGAAGACGACCAUGUACAUUUGAGUGGAUUAAGGCUGCGAAGAGGAAUCCUUUAAACCCAUACAGAGAAGCGCCAUCUCAUUCUUCUUCAACUGAAACGGAUCCUACCAUUUCCCAUGAAUCACAUGGUCAGGCGGUCUUCAUCUCUACAGACGAACAGAGUUUCGAUCAAGCCAUUACCCAAAAUUCCCAGGGUGGUACUAAUGCCAAUCCCUAUGAUCAAUAUGACACGGACCAUAUCACGCCACUGGACGAGUCAAGCGCACACUUAAUUGAACCCCUCGGCCUACAAGCAGAGUCGGUAGACAUCUUGCUAACAUCUUGGUGUGACCAAAUCUUUCUCAAUGGGUUUGAAACCUCUUUUGGUCUCAUAGCUGGUAGAAAUGGCUGUCCAUUCGUGAAUAAUCCGACGAGUGAAGUUUGCAUUCCUCCAACAGAGCUUUUUAGGAAGCUCGACGCUGACAUGGACGACGCGCCUGAUCGCCAGAAUUCCAAUCCCGGGCUUGAGGCACAGAGACAACAACAGGAAAAGGACUUUCAAAUCGAUCAGUCCCUAAAACAUAUGAUUCGGUCUUUUACAGCAUAUUGGCUCCCGCUGGUAUCGAGUAGAAAUCACUUUACAACGAGCCAAAUCGAAGAAUUCACACGGGAAAGUUGGCGUAUAGCAAGAAAAGAUAUGCUAAAAGUUGUCAACCGCAUAUCGUAUCGAUCUGCCCUCACGUUGUAUCUUUUUGCUCAGACCCCCAUACCUGUAGGAAUCUCCGAGGAUGAAGAGCUGGACGGUAUCAGCGGAUUAGUAUGUAUCCAAACCGCUCUACUGCAAAUACAGCGGCUCAGGGAGCGACAACGAAGCCAUCAAUUCCACGCAUCAGAGGUGUCAGCUUGGACUGAUAUAUUAGCUAGCUCAUCUAAUCUCACUUUUACGGAAGCAUACCUGGACUUUGAGAGCCGGGCUUAUUGGGCAGCGGUGGUUUGGGACACAUCAAACUCCUUGACCUUGAAUCUUAGAACAUCGUUAACAUCCGGACUGAAUGGAGCAUGUUCGGAGCCUGCGUGGCGCCUAGUUAGGACGUUCUUACUGGGGUCUUGCCAUACCAGAACGGAUCACUGGCGUAGCAGUGGCUUUGAUAUUUCCGACGACAUAGCUUCUCAGAUUAUUGCUGCGGCGGCUAUCAGUAUGCUAUAUAUCUGGAAGAAUAUCACAUCAUUGAAGGAAGCACUGAGAGAAGGAGUAGAGGAAGAAACAGUUUCGUUUGUAUGGAAUGCAUUUAUAGAUGCUUCUAACAUCUUCAAAACUUCAAUUCGCCCCUUACUCAAUAGCCUUGAGAGGCGGCUUCACUUCUUGAGCCAAUUGAGCCGACUGGCCUGGUAUGAGGUCAAUCUACAGUAUAAUUUGGGUAUAUUGAUACUCUGCAAUUCACUUGUUUUGGCGGAUCGAUCAGAUCUUUUAUCACAAAUAACCGAACUAAGACGCGAUGCCGAACACGAAUCCUUCAAUAAUCUUAAGUUUGGCUUAGAUAACACCUAUACUAUAUCCCGACAUAGUCAUGAAUUGGACAUGGCGAGCCCUAGUAGGGAUAAUUUCCCCGAAGAUCAAAUAGCAGUGUCGCUUAUAGCUCUUGAUCCGUACCCUAAUCGCGUUAUUGACUCUGUGCUGCUGAUGAGCAAAGUCAUCAGCAGUGAGUACCGACAAGGCAAGAUGAAGCAUGAAAACUACUCUUAUCUUUCGUCGAUAUUGUCCAAAACCCUAGAAGAGUUACCUCGGAAUGCCAAGACUGUUCAAGCUGCUAAAGAGAAUUUAAAACAGUCAUUUCACAAGAUUGAUGAGGCAGCUGAGGCGUAACAGUCUUAUUAUCAUACACAUAGGUAGCACUGAAGUAAAUAUCUAUCAGGUAACAUUAAAAUUUCAACAACUUAUAUACAGUGGUUAUAUAUAGCAACUUGAGUUACUAAAUGCUGCUUUAUGGCAGUUGGUUUUCUGCAGCUAGUUAUAUUACCAAAGUGUC